CGCCCCGCCAUGCGGCUGCCCCCCGCCGCGGCCCGCCGCCUCCUGCUGCAGCCCCGGCGCUCUGCGGCCGCGCUGCCGCCGCGGCCAGCGGCCUCCCGGGCCUGGCAGCAGAUUUUCAUAGGUAAAAAGAACAAAACAAAGCCCCCAACAAACAAGAAAAACCCACCCGAACAGCAGAAGCUCGAAAAUAGAACAGAUGGGAAACAUCAAAAGCAGAUUUGUCAAGUCGUUCUGGAUCAUUUUGAGAAGCAGUACACAAGGGAACUGGGAGAUGCAUGGACCAGUAUCAGAGAUGUACUCACAUGCCCAUGGUGCUGGCAGUACGCCAUUCUGCUUAACAAGUUCAGCCAAUCUCCUGAGCUGGGGAACACCUUGCAUUUGAAGGGAUAUCAUCCUGCCUUUCAAGGACCUUUGCCCUAUCUUCCCUCAUCGCUGAAGUGUUACAUCAGGAGAACUCCAGGGAGGUUCCCUGCACAAAAACACCAGGCUGGUAAACUGAAGGAGUAUUACCUGCUGAAUGCUGCUUCACUGUUGCCAGUGUUGGCGUUAGAAGUGAAAGACGGGGAAGAUGUCCUGGAUCUCUGUGCUGCACCAGGGGGUAAAUCAGUAGCUAUACUGCAGUGUGCCUAUCCAGGUCAGUUUCACUGUAAUGAAUAUGAUGAUUUGAGGUCAAGAUGGCUGGAACAGACAAUAGAAUCCUUCAUCCCAGAUCCUUUGAUUGACUUAAUAACGGUCUCUAAACUGGAUGGUAGACAAUUUGGAGAUCUAAAUCCCAAAUUAUAUGACAAGGUCCUGGUUGAUGCUCCUUGUUCCAAUGACAGAAGUUGGCUGUUCUCUUCUGAUAGUCAGCAAGCUACACUCAGGCUAAUACAAAGGAAGGAGUUACCAUCUCUACAGUUCCAGCUGCUGAGCAGAUCACCUUGGGAGGGGAAGCUGGGGACAUCAGAGGGGAAGUGAAGGAAGGAGAAGUAUUUUUUGCAGUACAAAUUUAUUAAGUACUUGAGAGGCUUUAGAGAAUAAAGAUCUUAAAGAAGUCUUGAAACUGAUUCAGUGGUCUUCCUACUCCAGUCUGAACAAAAUCCAAAAUGUAAAUAAGUGACACAAAUGCUGAACAGUAAAUUUUAAAGCAGAGAGGGCACCACUGAUUUGAAGGAAAUUAGGACUGUCAUGAUUGUUAAUACCAAAUCCAGAUCAUCCCUGCUGAGUGCUAUAAUCCAAGAACACACUGCAAAUCUUGUUAUUAUUUGGAGCAUUCAUGCAGAAAAUGAAUUGCGAAGUAAGAAAGGAAUGUGCAUUUCCUGAUACUGAAUGCUAGCACAGAAUGCAGUGGUUCCCUUAAGUGAAUUUAGCAAUGUUAUCAGUUCUCAGAUAGAAAUUAAAUUUUAGGUAAAGCUGGAGUGCAUAAUAACUUGGUGGUGAAACUGUUGUGGAUGUUGUAAUUAUUCCUAGACCAGUUACUGUGGCUGAAAGAAACUGUUAGAGUUCAGCUGAAAGUAAAUCCAACAGGAUACAGUUUAGAAAAUGCAGCAAAGGCAUUCAGACUACUGUAACUCUUCUAUACACAACAUUUCUCAGUAAUUAAGCAGCUCUAAUUGAUGUUUAAUAGAGUUCUGGUCCCCAGGAGCUCAGACUAACUUUAUUAUAAAGUAUAUAUUGGCUGACUUCCCUUUUUCACCACUUUUCCUCCCUAGUAAGCUACAAGGGAGAUAGUUUUUGAAUGCCUAAGAUAUGCACAGACAAAACAGAGAUUUAGAGGAAUUUGGGGUGCAUGAGAAGUUUGAAGGACUUUGAAUAUCUGUGCUUUGGGCAAAAUAAGCCAUACAAAAUUCUCAUUUUCCUAGCUGAUCUCUUUCAAGUUGUGUGCAUUAAACUUCGAUGGAGAAAUACAGAAGACUCUUUAUUCUUCCUAGUUAACUGUUUCAAUACCUGUUUUGCUUAUAAAUAUAACGAUAUUUAAGGAACUAGGUCUGAUUCUGUGUAACAUACAUAGCUCCUACUACACACCCUAUGCAAGUGGAGUGCAAUACUGAGGUAAAACAAAUGUUUCCCUCUGUACAAAUAAUUUUUUGCCUUUUGAUAUGCUUCAUAACAUGGUAAUUGAAGCUGCUGAUCUUUUUCAGAACAAGGGUACCAGAAGUUUUGUGUUUUGGUUUGGUUUUUUUAUUGAAUAGUUUGGGAGGUAAGAGGAUUUUGCCACGUGCUUUUACUAGGGAAGAUAAGUUAAAAAAACCCUAAACCCAAAUAUUCUGAACCUGUUUUUCUGAAAUAAAGGGCGCUUGAACCAUUAUUUAAUCUUGUAUUUAAGUUACCGUGUGAUGUGCAAGCAGCUUCAUAAAGCUUUUGUUCUGUGUUUGUCUUGCUGCUUGAGUCCUGGGCUUCUUCAAAGCAGAGACUGCUGCUCAUGCAGCCACUUGGUAUGGUGGUUUACCAGUCUGAACAUGUGGAAAGUAAAAUGAGAUUGGCAUUUUCUCUUAAGUCAUCAUGUAGAGUUGGCAACUUAAAUCUCUGAAGGUUAAUCUGUGCCACAGGACCCACUUUAUUUUCUCAAGUCCAGAUCUUUUAAAUUGUAUCUUAUUAGAAUCAGUGUUAAAGCUUUUGGUAAAAAUGUAGGACACAAAUACAACUUUUUAAUUUAGAAGCUGCUCUGUUUUCUCUACUAUUUGAAAAUUAGUGACAUGGUUUCAUAGAAUACAUUCACAGAUUUUCAUCACAGAUUUAUUUGUUGGAAAAGAGUCUUUUUCACAUAGUGAAUACUGUGAUUUACCAGGAAAAUCCUGAUACUCCUCCUCCUGCAUUCAGUAUCAACUCUGUUUUCACUGAUUAUAUAGAGUUUUCCACAAGCACCUAGAAGAGGAAUUGCGUGCUCUUAAUUGUGAGGGGGUUUUUUGUAGAGUGGAGGCAAAAAUUGUUUUUUCAUAAAUACACCAUCAUAUAGUUUGGGUACCAGUAUAUGGUACCAGUGUACCGUUUCUGCUUUGAUUAAGACUAGAGCCUUUACAGCAUGAGGAUGUAACAAUGAAGUAAAAAGGAAUAGCUCACAAUUAGCUAGUUGUACUGUCCAGACAAAUUGAUUCAGUUUUGCCUGUGAUUUGCUGCUGAUUAAAAAAAAAAAAUCUCAGCUUUUAAUGUUCAUUGAAAAAGCAAAGAGAACGAGUGACUUGAGCCUAUAGGAAAGUUACCAUUGUUGAAAUUACUUGAGUUGGUUUAGUGUCAGGCAUUAAAAGGUUGGCAAGGCUGAAUGCCAUAGGGCAAGGAGAACAACAAGGGAGUCCCUUAAGAAAUAUGGCAGCCAUCUUGUGCCACAGAUUUCUGUGCCAGAGAGUGCUGGACUCCUGCGUACGAGCUCCAUACGUGGAAUUCAGGGACAUUUUGCAGUGACCUGAGAGAGUUCUGAACAGUGGCACUGGAGGGGGAGAGGUGAACUGAGGGAGGAAGUGAAGUGGAUGCCAUUUUCUGUGGAGAAGGAAAAGAAGACACGUAGGAAAGUUGGGAAAACUGCACUGUGGGUUGCUUCUCUAAACUGUUUAUCACCAAAUCACAGAAUUGUCAAGGCUGGAAAAAACCUUUAAGAUCAUCAAGCCCAGCCUAUGAUCAACACCACCACAUCAGCUGGACCAUGACACUAAGUGCCACAUCCAGGGACGAUGCCUCCACCACUUCCCAGGGAAGUCCAUUCCUAAGUCUAAUCACCCUCCCUGUGAGGAAGUACUUCCUAAUAUCCAACCUAAACCUCCCCUGGAGCAGCUUGAGGCCAUGCCCUCUUGUCUUUGUUGCUAGUUGCCUGGAAAAAGAGCCCAGCCCCCACCUGACUACAACCUCCCUUCAGGUUGUUGUAGAGAGUGAUAAGGUCCCCCCUGAGUCUCCUCUUCUCCAGGCUAAACAACCCCAGCUCCCUCAGCCUAUCCCUGUAAGACUUUCCCUCUAGUCCUUUCACCAGCCUUGUUGCUCUCUCCUCUGGACCUUCUCCAGCACUUCAAUAUCCUUCUUGAAGUGAGGGGUCCAGAACUGCACACAGCACUCGAGAUGGGGCCUCACCAGUGCUGAGUACAGGGGGAGAAUUGCAUCCCUACUCCUGCUGGCCACACUAUUCCUGAAACAAGCCAGGAUGUCAUUUGCCUUCUGGGCCACCUGGGCACACUGCUGGCUCAUGUUCAACCAGUUGUCAACCUGUACUCCCAGGUCCCUCUGCUGGGCUGCUCUCCAGCCCCUCUUCCCCCAGUCUGUAGCUCUGCCUGGAGUUAUUGUGGCCAAAGUCUGUCUGUCUCCCUGGAAUUUUUCCAGUUACCCCUCUGUAGCUUACCUUUUAAUCCAUUCAUUAUCCAUAGCUAUCUAGUCAAUUAGCUCCACUGGGAAUGUGUAAAAACUGUUGCAAGGGUUGUGUGGAUGAAUCCUUCUUUAACUGUUUUCCAUCUCAGAAAAGCUGAAUAAUUUGUAUAGACUGCUGGCCCUAGGCUGCAAAUAAGGUCUGCUGUUCUGGUUUCUUGCUGUCCAAGCCAUGUUCCCUCAGUCCAUCCUUGCCCCUCCAAAUGAAAACAGUUAGGUGCUGACUGGACAGGGAGCCUUUAUUCUUGGUUCUAAUUUCUUACAACUAAAUGUGGCAUGUUUGUGCUGUGCCAUUGCUCAAAACACUGUUGGUGAUAUUGCUGGAGGUAGAAGUGUUCACUGAGCUUUUUAGACUUACAGUUGGUUUGAAUUUCUUCACAAAGAAUGAGUGCUGUGGACAUUGUUGUGGCUCCAGGUUGUGUUGUCUUGCAUCAGAGAUAAAUAAAUAGCUUCUGACAAUAAAUAGCUUCUGAUUUUAAGUGCCUGGUUUCUUAAGCCUUUGGCACUCUCCUGUGAGUAAAUUGCAGAUCAAGUCACUUAUGAUAUGUUGCAAAAAAAGUUUUUGACUUAAUAAGUGUACAAAUAAACAAAUAAGCUACCUAGCAGCUAGACAGAUGUUUUGGGAUCACAGGUUUAAAUUGAGACACAAAUUGUCCUUUAAUUUUGCUUUCAGUUCUUUCUAUGUAUAUGCGUUUCAUGAGCUGUAAAGAGCAACACUAACUCUAAAGCUUUGUGGCAAAGUCUAUAGUGGGCUUCAAAGGCCUUUCAUUCUCCAUUCUCUAGCUGAGAAGGUUCUUCUCAGGCUGCAUAUGUUUUUCUUCUUGUAAAUAGUAAGCUGGGAAAAGGGAUGGACCUCUGAGAGUGUAUAAGAUAAGGUAAUUCUGGGAUGACAAGCACAAUGGAAGGAUUGAAGUUUUGUCACAGCAAGAAUCCUUGAACUUGAGUCUCUUGUGCAGCUCUGUCACCACCUGUCACAAAGUAUUAAAAAUUGUGGUUUUGAAACAGGAGGAAUUUCCUUAUGGUUUUGACUUUGGAGAAAAAAAUCCCGCAAACAAGCUUUAACACAUAGGCCAUAUUACCAUAAGGUAUCCGGACUCUUGUAAGAGGAAGAAGAUGUGUGAUGUUUUUAGUCAAUAAAAAGAAUAAGACUGAUGAAAAAAAUAGCUUAUAAAAGGGUUUGCCGUUUUUAUUCUGAUCAGACAUUAGCUUUCCUGUUGAGCAGAAAUACAUCCCAGUUGCCAAAAGAUGGCACUGUUGAAGUGUAUUAUUUUUGAAUUGCCCUAAAAUAUACAUACACAUUUUUACUUGAAUACUGAAAAUGGUUGAAUGAUUAACAGAAUGAAUGCUGACCCUUCCAAUGGCAACAUAAACAUAAACCCAAGCACAGGGGAGUUGGCUGGACAGGCAGGUGCUACCUAUAGUAUGAAAUAUAUAUUUAUUGUGUGCCUAUUUUUAAAGAAUGUUUGAGAGAGCAAGACUCUUAAGAAUAAAUACAACAUCAGCCUAUUAUGUUUAAUUUGCUGUAAAUUUGGAAACAGUUUUUAUGUUCUGACUAUAUUUUAGUUGAAUGUAAGAGUUCAGAAUUGUGUAUCUCUACAGUGCUCUUUUUUCCUUGAGAUAUUAAAUAACAAUAAUGCUGCUCUGUUUUCCCUUAUUUAUUCUUAGCACCUUCUCCAUUGUUGGAUUUAAAGCAAAUCUUAAGAAAUAAACUAAAUAAAACUGC